AUGUCGUCUGUUCCGCAAGAUCUGCUAGAUGGCAUAUCCGGCUCCCUCGCCAAAGAAGGAAACGUCCUCCAAAUGGUCCUAGUAACGUUCAUCGCACUAUCGUGCUACAACGUCGCUGAGUUAGUUGUGCUUGUCCCCGCGACUUUUCGUCGCUGGCGAGGUCUCUACUUCUGGUCUUUACUUGCAUCAGGUUGUAUAGGAGUUGUACCGUACUCCAUUGGCUUUAUGAUGAAGUUCUUUACUCGUGCGGACUCAGUAUUAUCCGUGACUGUCUUGACUAUUGGCUGGUGGACUAUGGUCACCGGUCAAUCGGUCGUACUGUAUUCCAGGCUUCAUCUCGUACUCCGUGAUGAGAAGACACUAGCACGGGUCCUUCUUAUGAUUGUUGUGAAUUUCUUUUGUUUGCAUGUCCCCACUACGGUAUUGACUUAUGGUGCUAAUAUCGUGCAUACCGGGGAUAUGGCUUGGAUUUGGGGGUAUAAUGUUAUGGAAAAGGUUCAGUUGACCGGUUUUACGAUCCAGGAGAGUCUUAUUUCAACACUUUAUGUGUUUCAUACGGUGAAGUUACUUCGUCUUGGUGCGGAGGUGACAAUUCGUCCGGACGCGAGGUCUAUCAUGUACCAGCUCAUUGGGAUUAAUUGUGCCAUCAUGGCUAUGGAUCUAUUAUUGUUGGGGUUGGAAUAUGCAAACCAGUAUGCGGUGCAGAUCGUUCUCAAGGGCUUUAUAUACUCGCUCAAGCUCAAACUUGAGUUCGCAGUUCUUGGUCGACUCGUUGAUAUUAUUCAGGGCUCCAGACAUCCCAUCUCCAUCGCCAUUGCCGAUACCCUUCCUCUUUGCUCUUAUCCACGUGUCCAGGAGAAUACGAAUCAUACUGAUCAGACGGAGCCUGAUCACGAGCCAGAGCCAGAGUCGGAACCGAAAGAGAUCAUUGUUCAGCAGAGUGGGGAUCGUGCUGUUGAGACGAAGAAUUUCGUUGAGUCGGGGAGAGAGUUGGGCAGAUCAACAUGA